GCCAACGCCUUUCCCUCUUUUGUCUGUUUGGGUGCGUAAAGAGAGCGUGCGUCAGGAUUUUGCGUUUGGUUCCUUCUCAGCAAGUUCACUUCUCAGGUUUCAGACUUCUGUCGUAGCAGCCGAGGCAUUUCCGCCUUUUGCGCUUACACUGUCUUCUAAAAUCUUCUGAAACAUAAAAGAAUUGGAUGAGAAUCUGAGUCUACGCUCUUGGAUGAUGGGUUUACGGAUAUUAUUGGCUGUUCUUGUCUUUGGUUUCGGCCUGGCGACAGUUUUCGCCGAUUCGUCCACACCUGAGAACGUGUGUGAGUUGAAAAACGGGACAAGCUGUGAGGAAUGUCUGAAAAAUGUGACGUGCUUGUGGUGCAUCACAACAAAGUCAUGUGUAACAUAUCCAGUGAGAACCAUCCUCCCACCCCACGCGCUCUGCCCUCUGAAUGAUGCACGAUGGGGACUCUGCUGGAUGAACUUCCAGAUCUUGAUAAUCACCUUGUCAGUGGUUGGUGGCAUUCUCAUCAUUGCCUUUUUGGUCUGUCUGUUCUGCUGCUGCAAGUGUGAGAACAUCGGCAUGUCUGAGGCCAAGAUGCAGCGACAGGCCAAUAAGCUGAGAACCAAGCAGGACGAAAGGAGGGCGGAGAUGAAGCAGAGACACCAGGAAAUCAGGCAGAAAUAUGGUCUAAGUGGGCAAAAUCCAUACUCCAGAUUUUCUUGAAAUGGAUUUGUCAACUGAGAUUAUUAACUACGGAGAGAGGACAUCCAUGAGCUGUCUUGAAGUGACAUGACUGGAGAAUUGUUGUAAUUCAUAUAAAAAUCAAAUGUAAGAAAAGUGGUUUAAAUAGAUCAGGGUCAUUUGGUCAAUGAAGCAUUCAAAGAAUCCUACAUUUACUGAAAUAACUCAAGAGGCUGUAACCAAAUGCUAGAAGAGAUGUCGGUAUUUUUCCAAACACUUGUCAUUUAUCCUGUGACUCAAGAUACUAAUCUGCUAAUCUACUAUUUAUUUGGGCAUUUAGUUUAAUGGUACUGAAUGGAAGGAGUCCAGUCUCGCUGCUGGAAUAUUCUUUCCUUUAGCUUCUGUUGUAAUUGUACAUUUUCACAUUGUUUUUGCUGCUGAGAUUUUUUUUUUUUUUUUACUUUAUUUUAUCUUGUUUUAAAUGAGUUUGUUCCCAUUCUGAAAUCUAAUUACUGUGUUACUGCUGCCGUUUCCUACUGUAGACAAGGAAUUUUAAACCAAUCACAUUUGCAGAAUAUAUCCGGAAUAUAUGAGGUCAAAAUGAACAUAAUGAAAGAACUUAUAAAUAAAAGAUUUCAGACUGAUCCCUAAUUCUGACAGUAACACUGAUUAUGUUUAUUUCCCAUUGAGCUUUCAUGUUAACUUACCUUUAUAAUAUACUGUAUGUUUUGUCCAGUUUGUCAAUAAAUCAAACAUUUGAUUAAAA